AUGCCUUCCGCUCACUUGAAGGUUAAACUGAGACCAGUUGAGGCUAAAAAAGGAACACCGAAAGAUGGUGGAAAUGUUCUUUUUGGAUACAAAGACUACUGGGCAUGUGAAAUCCAAAAUACCAUUGAUCACAAGCAUGCCAUCCGUCUCUUGAGGCGCCAAACUUCAUGUUCAAUGAAUAAAACUUGGUCACUUGACGAGGAAUGUGAGGAGGUGCAAGUGAUUGUCAAGAAAUCCAGGUUGUGGCCUGCGGUGGAGAGUUCGAAUAUCGCGUACGACAGAGUUACCGUAUCUGCAUUUGGUGAGAGGUUCUACGGAGAGACAUAUACUAUGUUAUUCCCAUUCGGUGAGAUAGCGAUAACUCCCGAUGAUUCUCAUCAAAUUCUAGGUCUCGAGGUUGCGGUAAAAGCAGUCGGUGACGGGUUCGAUAGUAAAAUUUCUUGGGAGAAGAUAUUUGGUUUGACCAGAGAUUUGUUUGGUUGGAAUCAGGUUCAGACGGAGUCUGUACUUGAGGUGAAGGAUGGUCAUCUAGCUAAGAAGUUUAAUCUGAGGAAGUUGAAGGCUGCAUUAUUUGGGACCAAGAAAAUCUUUGAUGAGGAAGGAAGGGUGGACUUGGUGCGAAUCAAUGCUACCGCAACAGGUUAUUUUCUAUACGUCCUAGGCAAAUGUAUCUUCCCUGAAAGUUCCGGAAGCUCGGUCGACGCCAGGUAUGUUCAACUAUUGUAUCCCUUAAACGAGAUGCAUGAGUAUUCUUGGGGUACUGUCGUGGUCACCUUCUUGAACAAUGAGUUGACAAAGGCUUCAAGGGCACUCACUGCACAAGUCAACGGAAAUAUAUGUCUCUUCCAGGUAAUUUUAUCGUGUAAAUCAUUUAUAUUCGGAAAAUGA